UUUUUUUUCUCAUUCAGUUACUGCGCUCUGAAAACGCCUUGUGGCUGUGUAUGGGCCCUCAGAAAAAACGUGACUGAACGAAUUGUUCGUUAAUUGACAUAAUAGUUAUAAAAUUCCCCUGAUCAUACCACAAAAGUAAAAAUUAUUUUCUAUGCAUUCAACUGCAUACCGAGAGUCAAGUGAUUUUCUACUGAAUAACGAGAGAUACAUAACUGUAUACGUAAUGCAGGUGAAAAAGUGAUUAGACAUUGCGCGUGGUUUGGCAUCAAUUUUUUUAUUUCCCUUUUUUUUUUAAACCGUUGAAAUUAUUUGGAGGUGAGGGGGAGUUGCUGUUAUUUUGAGGGCCGGUAUAUCACCAUUGAACAUUUGAUUCUCCAAGAUUUGCAGAUUGGUUAUUGGAAAAAUGGCCGCUGAAAUGCAAAACAAGAGUCGGAUGAUGGUCUUUAAGAACAAAGGGAAGGAUCAAGAUGAGAUGAGAAGACGGAGAAACGAAGUGACGGUGGAGCUGCGGAAAAAUAAACGAGAGGAGACUCUCCAGAAGAGGAGGAAUGUACCCAUCGCUGAUUCCACUGAUGAAGACGAUAUCGAGAGGGCUCUGUCCAAUAUUAAUUUGGUGGAACUUGUACAGAAAGCUGCUAGCCGCGAUCCAGCGGAACAAUUGCAGGCAGUCCAAUCUGCUCGGAAAUUAUUGUCCUCAGACAAAAAUCCACCGAUUAAUCCACUGAUUGACAGUGGAAUUUUACCAAUUUUAGUUCGCUGCCUUGAGCAGCAUGACAAUCCCUCGUUGCAGUUCGAAGCAGCUUGGGCUCUGACAAACAUCGCCAGUGGUACCUCAGCCCAGACUCAGGCAGUAGUAACAGCAGGUGCUGUACCACUGUUCCUCCAGCUGCUGUUGUCGAGUCAACAAAAUGUUUGCGAACAGGCCGUAUGGGCAUUAGGAAACAUAAUCGGUGAUGGACCAGCGCCCAGAGACUACGUAAUCAGUCUAGGUGUUGUGAAACCCCUGUUACAAUUUAUAAAACCAGACAUACCAAUAACAUUUUUGCGAAACGUUACGUGGGUUAUUGUGAAUCUGUGUAGGAACAAAGAUCCACCCCCACCAUUGCAGACGAUAAAAGAGAUACUACCAGCCCUGAAUCAUCUAAUUCGCCACUCAGAUGUGAAUAUUCUGGUGGACACAGUCUGGGCAUUGAGUUACUUAACAGACGGUGGUAAUGAGCAGAUACAAAUGGUAAUCGACAGUGGAGUUGUGCCACGUCUGAUUCCCCUACUGUCCCACAAGGAGGUGAAACUACAGACAGCUGCACUCAGAGCUGUUGCAAAUGUUGUAACUGGAACUGAUGAGCAGACACAGACUGUUCUCAAUUAUGGAGCAUUAUCUCACUUCCAGAAUCUUCUUACACACCCCAAGGACAAGAUCUGCAAAGAGGCUGUCUGGUUUUUAUCAAAUAUAACAGCUGGCAAUCAGCAACAAGUUGGGGCUGUCAUCGAGGCUGGACUACUUCCUCUUAUCAUUCGUCAUCUCUCAAAAUCUGAUUUUCAGACGCAGAAAGAGGCUGCUUGGGCCAUCAGCAAUUUUACGAUAAGUGGAAACAGGGAUCAAGUUGCUAGACUCAUUCACGAGGGGGUUAUUGAGCCUUUCUGCGAUUUAUUGUCCUGCAAGGAUACUCAGAUAAUUCAGGUGGUACUUGAUGGCAUUCAUAAUAUGCUCAAGCUUGCUGGACCUGAAGUCGAGCAGCUUGCUAAUAUGAUUGAAGAGUGCCGUGGAUUGGACAAGAUUGAGCACCUCCAGACACAUGAGAACGUAGAAAUUUAUAAAUUAGCAUAUGAUAUUAUCGAGCAAUACUUCUCUGAAGAGACCGAAGACACAAACCUCGCACCCCAGGUUACCGACGUGAAUUUCGAAUUCGACUCAACAACAACAAUUCCAAGCGAUGGCUUCAAAUUCUGAGACAGUGUUACACCAGUAACAGUGACGUCAUUGACUCUGAACGAGUACGGAGCCAUAUUGGUUUACUUUACCUGCAAUUAUAAUAUCAUCAGUCUGCUCCGAUGAUAAUUAACGAGGCGCUGUUCAAUACAUUAUAUUUUUAUUUUUUUCCUCCAAUAAGAUAAUCGAAACUUCUCGCCCAUUAUGUUGAACCAAGAGUCGCUGGUGCACGUGUAAAUUCUCUGGAAAAAUAACUGACAAUUUCUCCUUAUCUUUGGAAAUUUAUUGGAGCUUGAGUUGUUAUUUUUCUGUCGAAGUUGUCUGCAGAGAAUUUGUCGUAUCAAUUAUGUGAUCACAAAUUUAUGUUCCAUUUUUUAAAUGUAAUCUGUCAUUUUCAUUAAUGCACUGCUUUUGUAUUUCCAUUCUCGAGACUUGGUUCAAUAAUAAUAACUUUAAGAGAACAAAAACGAGGUUUAACAACCGUUCGUGUAUAUUUUAGGCAUGUUAAAUUUAUAGUUAAUAUUGAUUAUCAGAAUCAAGUGGAAUCGACUACUCUUUCAUCAGUAGAUUAUAAAUAUAAACGGACGUUCUGUACCGAACAGCAACAAUAAAACUGUAGCAUAAUCAACUCGAUAAUCAUCUCAUUUGCGAUUUUUUUUAUUUAGCUGCCGCCAUGAUUAAAUUUUCAGGAUAAUUAAUAAAUCGGUGUUGAUUUUCA